AUGAUCUGGGAAUAUUUUGGGAAUUUGGAAUUGAUGUUCUCAGAUCCUAGAUUUCACGACCUAGCGGCAGUUUUCACGUAUUCUGGAGAAGCAUUUGCGGAUCGCAGAUUCAAAGGCUUGCAUCAGUUCAUUGUCAUGGAUCACAUGAGGAGGGAGAGAAGAAAUUCCGGGAUACUCUUUCGUGGCAUUCCAUUGGUGGCUAUACUUCGACGUACGUCUACUUUCCAUUCGACGGUACCGGUCGACAAGAUAUUUGCCGUUUUAGCUUGUGUGGAGAGAUUUGAGACUGAGUUGAAAGAACUUAUCGAUUAUACGGCCCCGCUGAAAACGACGCUUUUAAGAGUGGCGCGUCACCAGUUACACCACGGAAAGCAGCUAGAAAGCUUGUCAUAUGCUGGUAUUGGGUGGUUGAGGGAUGAUUUACCGAUAAAUACAAAAGAACGGGUGGAAACUCCUUCAUGGGUUGUUGAUUGGUCUCUUCCUCGAUGGGAAGCCGGCACUGUAUCCAUUUCACCACAGCGCGGAACGCCAUACAGGGCAGGUACCAGCAAGCGGGCAAUGAUUUCAGGACACGAGACUGUCAAAGAUGAGGAAGAAGAAUUUGUCACGAAAGUGAAGAUACGCGGCCAAGUUCUGGACAGAUUUCAAUGCCUCACUUCGGUUUGUGAUUCCAAUCAAGAAUCAGAUGAUGCUGCCUCGAUCCUCAUCGCUUUACCCAAACAAAUGAGUUGGUUUCAAGAAGUAGAAGACUUCAUCGCUACUCAUUUAUCCUCCAUCACCCAAGGGGAAGGACAAGAGAUCAUGUGGAGGGUCCUGGUCGGUGAUCGGGUACCCAACACGCGGCCAGCGCCUCCUUCGUACGGGAAGCACUUCCAGAUGAUGCGAACAAGUUUACUUGGCCUCCAAGCCUUCGUUGAAGAACAUGGACCGGAAGACUUACCGAAACUCAUGCAAGCAAUUCGUGAUCAUGGCCCGUUUGGCGAGGUGUUUACGCCUGGAGAAUUUGGAGACGUAACGAGAGAUAUGAUACGUGGUGAUGCGUUAUGGGAAAGUCCCGCCUUCCCGAGGAGAAUCGCGGUCACACAAGAGAUGGGUUGUCUCGGGAUGGUUCCGAAGGAAACAAGGGCUGGGGAUUUGCUGGUUCUUUUCUGGGGUGCCCAAGCUCCGUUCGUUCUCAGAGAGAGGUUUAGCGUGGAUGGCGCGAAGGAAUACCAGAUUGUGGGAGAGUGCUAUGUGCAUGGAGUGAUGGAUGGAGAGGGUGUUGGUAAAUACGAGGAGCAGGACUUUGUAAUUUCCUGA